CGCGCUCUCCCCCUCAAACCCCCCGAUCCCCCUAUCCGCCUCACGCCGCCGCAUACCCUCUCGGUCGCUCCCCCGCCUCAACCGCCGCCGCAUCCCCUCCAACGCCGUCGCUCUACGCCGCAGCAGCGGCCUGCGCUCCAUCGACGGCGUGACUCCGCGCGACGGCUGGAGAAGGCGAGGUCGGGCCGACGCUCCACGCCGCCGCUGCCCGCAGCCCCGUCGGCGCCGUCGCUCCAUCGCCGUCCCGACCUCGAAGGUGAACCGGCUUCGAGUCCCUCGCGCCGCCACCGAUCCCAGGACUCCUCGACCCUACCAGCGAACAAGGCUACACUUUGAUCAUCUCUUAAUUUUCUUCAAUUCAAUCUCUCUUAAGGUUGUUCAAGUUCAGUAUCAUGCCAUCUACCUCUCCAGUAUAAUAUACUUCUUGUGACAUUGGCACUUAAAAACUGUUUCUUGGAGUUCAUAACAGUGGUCAUAUAGCAAUGAUUGAUGAUGAGGCUGACUUUGGCAACAUCACUGAUGCCACAGAAGGGCAGGCAGCUGCAAAGUUCCGUCCGAAGGCACGGGCCAAGCCCCGUAAGACAUCUUUGCCAUCCAGAUCCCUGGCACCUCAUCCUACUGUGGAAUCAACAGAUGAAAAUGUGGAAACAUUAAAUAAAGAUAGCACCUCACAAGAACAGUCUGUUGAUAAAAAAGCAGCAUCAUUAGGAUGCCAUGGUAGUGAGACAGAUGGUAAUGCUUGUGCUUCUGGCGGUAUACUUGACACACCUUCUGAAGAUGUGGUGACAGUAUCCCUGGGGCUUGUGAAUAAUCCUGAUGUGGCAUUGGAUUCUUCAACAGUUUUCGCUUCUUCUGCACAUAAAGUUUCCCAAAAUGAAGAGAAUAAUGAUGAUGUAUCUCAUGUGGCUACACACAAAGAAAACAUGGUGGUUUCAGAUACCCAAGCACCACCGACCUGUUGCAGUGCCAGGACAAUUGAUGAUUUGGCUGACUUUGAAGGAUUGUGUGAUGAUACUCAUGUUGAGGAAGAAAGAGUUGCAAAAUUCCAGCCGAAGUUUCGGGUGAAAACCAGCAAGGCCGCAUCGAAAUCUCAGAGGACUAACCAAAAGGCAGGAGUCUCCACUGUAGAUGUGCUCUCCCAAAACAAAGAAGAUGGUAAAGAUCAGGCAGGAUGCAAUGACAAGCAGCUGCACUCUCCUACUAGACAUCAAGAAAGUGUACAGAUCUCAUAUUCUCAAGCACACCUGGGAACUCAUAACAGUACAAUCGAUGACGUUGCUAACUCUGAUAGUAUUAUGGAAGAACCAGCUCAAGAGGAAAUGGCUGCAAAAUUCCAACCUAGACUGCGACCAAAGGCUGGUGGAGCUUCACCUGGGGUUGCUGAGACUAUUGAUGCUGCUUGUGUAGCUACUCCAGAGUUUGGGGUUUCCUCUGUAGAUGUGGUUUCCCAAGAUACGGAAGAAGAUAGCCAUAGAGAAGGCCUCAGUGAUGAUUCAUGCCAAAAAUAUAUAGAUGAAGAGGCUAUUACAACUUCAGGCACUGGGCCACCACAGGAUUUGGAUGAUACUGUUGAUUUAGACUCGCAUGCUGAAAUGGUAAAUCCACAUCCUGAUGGUAGUCCGUUGAUCAUUGAAGAGCUCUCAGCGGGAACUACUGUUAAAUUUCAACCUUAUGUUCGAAGGAAAAAAGGCAAAGGAAAAUCAGUAUCUUUUGUUCCACCAAAUGUUUCUCAUGCGCAUGCUCCUACAGACACCAAUUUUGAGACAAGCAACUCUAGCCAUUUCUGUAAAGAUAUAGCAACUGGUGAAAGUUUAAGCAACUUGCCCCAGCAAGCAUCUGAAAAGAUCUGUAUUAGUGGCGAACAUCAUCCAGAUGAUCAAGAAUGUAAUGACCCAGAGAAUCAAUACCAUGAGGGGGAGCCAUAUGAUCAUGUUAUUGAACAAGAGCCAGAAAGGGAUGCCAGAGAAACAGGAACAUCAAUGAAAUUACGAAACAGGAGAAAAUUACAAAAAGAUGGGAUACCUGAGCAUACCGCUGAUGAUAUCAUGGAUGAAGACUUUGGUGAACCUCCAUCUGACGAACAAGAUAAUGAUAGUGGUGAUGAGUACACCGCUAGAGGCAAGCAGAAGGGCAGGAGAAAAUCAAGGGAGAAAAAUAUUAACAAAGAACCUUCGAGAGGUACCAAGCGCACCUCGGGGGAUUCCACUAUAGAGGAAUCACAGAAGCAGAAGCUUCAGAAAAAUAAAAGUAAAGCAUCUUCAGGGGGUCAGAAGAAAACAUCAAAAGAUUCAUCGGUGGAACAACCUGAGAAGAAGCUUACACACCGAAUUCGUCGAAAGAGAAUGGAAGAAGUCAAGACUUUACUAGAAACACCUGAUCACGAGAUAGAUCGCAUGAAGCUAAGUGUGACACAUCUUAGACUGUUACAGGAGGCGAAAGAACGUAUUAAGGGCAAAGAAAUUCCAUCAGGACCAUCGUCCUCUAAUCAUAGCACCUCCCAAUUUGGAGAUAUGGAUGAUGAGUAUAACGAACAAGACAACUGGGACAACGACAGGACUGAGAAUCAUGUGGUCGAAAAUACAACCAAACUUAAUUACCAUUCAUACAUGAACAGACAAACACGAGCCAAAUGGUCCAAAUCUGAAACGGACAAGUUUUACGAGGGUCUUCAACAAUUUGGUAGCGAUUUUGCAAUGAUACAGCAUCUCUUCCCUGAUAAGAGCCGUAAUCAGGUGCGACAAAAAUUUAAAGCUGAGGAGAAAAAACAUCCAAUGCAAGUUCAUGAUGCCAUAAUGCAUCGCUCGAGAGAUAAUUUGUAUUUUAAAGAAGUAAUCAAAAAGCUCAACAUCGAAGAUGUCCAGCCAGAUAUCAACAAUACACAUGAACAGGAGGGUACAUCAAAUGAAGAGGACCCUGGAAAUAAGAAUAUACCGGGUGGAUUAAUUAAUGAGGAGGAAGAAAAUGGUUUAGAUUGGUCAGAUAAAGAGCUGGACAUGCACAGAUCUGAGGUCGAAGAGAAGGAGCACGUUUCUACAAAUGAUGAUGAUGAUGAUGAUCUUGGUGAUGUUUUUGAUUGGUACUAACGUGAUUACCAUGCGAACAUUACUGACGACCUCAUGAUUCUAUCAAUAUCAUGGGCCUCUUGAAAAUUUAUAUUCUGGUGCUAUGACCUUUGGGCUCUGGAAGGCCAUAUUCUGCAUCGAAAAUAAUUUUGCUGACAGGAUUCUCCAGAUGGCGAUGAAAGCAGUACAGUUCCAAAGGCUGAAGAACUGUAUUUUUUUUUUUUUGGUUUGCUGCUUAUUUCUAGUUUAGUUGAAACUUAGAACCAUAAUUCUAGUGCUUAGCAACACAGGGAUCUCAAUAUUUGUUGCUUGAAUCCUAGUUUCGUAGAUUACUUGCAGAGUAGUAAUGUAUAUAUUGCUCCAUCAUCAUUUGAUAUAUCUGUCAUUUUUUUUUC